GUGUGUGUGUGUGUGUGUGUGUGUUGUGGCCGAUAGUCACUGUUACACAAUCGCUUUCAGUUUCCUCGCCCUGCCUGCCUGCCUGCCUGGUGGCUCCCCGCCCACCGCUGCUCUCUGCCUGCCUGCCUGCCUGACUGACUGACUGCUGGGCGGACUGGGGCAGAACCGAGCCGACCAGUUCCGUGUUCUGUCCUCCCACGGCGCACACGGGCCGGGCUGAAGUGAGCGGGACGCGCAGGCGGCGCCAUGGUGGACGUCCCGGUGGAGGUGAGAUCAGUGAGAGGUUAAAGGUCAGCAGCAUCAUCUCCUCAUUAGCUCACCUCUGACCCCUGACGGAUUACAAAUGGCCUCCUGGCUGGGAGGUGAAGCUUGCCGAGUCGUCGUUUUCCCCGCUGAGGAUCUGUGGAAUGUGUCUGAGUGAAGGACAGAGACGCCAGAGGAAUUUUCUGGGUGGUUUGGUGACGAUGGACUAACGUCUGAGUGGAUUGUGCUGUUUGCUGAACUUCAGGCUCAUUAUGGAGCAGGACUUCAUACAGUAGGACCUUCGACCCGCUCUGCCGCUCGUUACGCUCGCUGCGCUUUCAUUUCUGACUCUGCUGCUGUGAAUGGACCUCCGAGUCUCAUAACGCUCGGGGGAGAUUCCAGACACACAGAAAACUACAAAUAUGGCCGCCACGGGACGGAAGCACUUGGUAAAAGACUUCAACCAUUUCAUCACCUGCUACCUGUGCCGAGGUUACCUGAUCAAACCGACCACGGUCACCGAGUGCCUGCACACCUUCUGUAAGAGCUGCAUCGUGCAGCACUUUGAGGAGAGCAACGACUGUCCUAAAUGUGGCAUCCAGGUCCAUGAGACCAACCCCCUGGAGAUGCUGAGGCUGGACAACACCCUGGAGGAGAUCAUCUUCAAGCUGGUGCCUGGACUCAGAGAAAAAGAGGAACAGCAGGAACUGGAGUUCUGGAAGAAGAACCAGCCGAAGGAGAACGGCCAGGAGAGCCUGCGGUGUCUUGCUGACGGCGGCGCCGCUGGGGGCGCCGAUGAUGAUGGUGAGGGCGGUGAAGAUGGAGACUACCACAGGAGCGACCCUCAGAUCGCCAUCUGCCUGGACUGCCUGCACAACGCGGGUCAGUCCGGGGAGAGCAGCGUGACGGACCUGAUGAAGAGGUUCAUCCGCUGCUCCAGCAGGGUUACCGUGGGAACCAUCAAGAAGUUCCUCAGUCUUAAACUCAAGCUGCCGAGCUCUUAUGAGCUGGAUGUGCUCUGCAACGGAGAAAUCAUGGGCCGAGAUCACACCCUGGAGUUCAUCUACAUGACCCGGUGGCGGCUGCAUGGAGAGAACGUAAGCCAGUCUCCUUCACUUCCUGUUCAGCUAACUGCGUCUGCAUGCACGUGCAAACACACUAAUUAUCAGGAAGGCGUUUAUCUGUGCAGCGUGGAGCCGGAGGCUGCAGGAUUUUGAUCUGAGUUCACUUCAUUUGGUCUGAGUUAAGUGAAGGCUUGUGGAUGCAGGUGGAAGUUACCGGAUGGUUGUGGGUUUGUGUUUGAGUGGAGCAUGAACAGACUGACUGACUUCUCUGUUUUAGCAGGAACUACAGUUUGAUUCUGACUGUAAGUUCAGUCAUACUACAGAUAUUACAGCUGCUGCUAGAAAGUCCAGAUCUGCAGCAGAAACCUGUAGAACAUUUAUCAUAAAGGAGUAGUUUUAGUUUUCUCACAGGAGCAAAACAUAAGAACAACCAGAAACUACCAAAUCUGUAUGGUCGUUACACUUACUCAGUUAAUUUAAGUAACUUUUUUGAAAAAUAUUAUUAGCAUUAUGGAUUUACUGAAGUAAAAUUCAGAUUUUCUACCCA